GCGGCCUUGGCUCCAACCGAAGUUCCGGGGCUGGAGGAGCGAUUUCCGCGGGGAGCCCGGGCAGCCCCUUCGGCAGACCCUCCGUGAUCCGCGGAAGCGAUUGACGAUCGACCUCUGGAAUCGCCGUCCCCAAGAGGGUCCGCCAGCAAAACUCCCCUUCACCGGGGUGGGGGGAUUCGUGGCGUUCCGGAACCACUUCGCGGGAGGCGCGUUCCGCCCGGUCACCUUUCCGGCGCGGACCGAGGGCGACCCUUCCCUCCCGUGAGCGCCGCCGUGACGUCAUCGGGGGCGGGGCGUCCCGGGGCCCCUCGGCGGCCGGCCAUGGAGGUGGUGGCGGCGAAGGUGCUGUGCCUGCUGGGCACGCUGGCGCUGAUGCUGGCCGGCGCCCUGUUGCCGGUGAAGGUGCUAGAGGCGGACCCCGAGCGGGCUCAGCGCUCCCGGCGGGCCCUCGGCCUCUGCAACGCGCUGGGCGGCGGCGUCUUCCUGGCCACCUGCUUCAACGCGCUGCUCCCGGCCGUGCGCGAGAAGCUCCAGGAGGUUUUGAAACUUGGAAAUGUGACCACCGAUUACCCUCUGGCAGAGACCAUCAUGAUGCUGGGCUUCUUCAUGACUGUGUUUGUGGAGCAGCUGGUCUUGACCUUCCGGAAGGAGAAGCCGUCCUUCAUUGACCUGGAGACCUUCAAUGCUGGCUCAGACAUGGGCAGCGACUCCGAGUACGAGAGCCCCUUCAUCGAGCCUUCCUGGGGGCACAGUCACCGGGCCGACCAUGGCCGCCACAGCCAUGGGCUGGCCAUCUAUGAGCUCUCACAUUCCAGCCCCCUGCGGCUCUUCAGCCUGGUCUUUGCCUUGUCUGCCCACUCCAUUUUUGAAGGCCUGGCCCUAGGCCUGCAGGAGGAGGGUGACAGAGUCAUGAGCCUCUUCCUGGGGGUGGCCAUCCACGAGACUCUCGUGGCUGUGGCCCUGGGGAUCAACAUGGCCAAAACCGGGCUGAAGAUCAAGGAAGCGUCCAAGCUGGCUGCUGCCGUCAGUCUGAUGAUCCCCCUGGGCAUCGGCAUUGGCAUGGGCAUCGAGAGCGCCCAAAACAUGACCAGCAGUGUGGCCUCAGUCAUCCUGCAAGGAAUUGCCGGGGGCACCUUCCUCUUCGUCACCUUCUUUGAGAUCCUGGCCAAGGAGCUGGAGGACAAGAACGACCGGCUGCUCAAAGUUCUCUUCCUGGUUCUGGGUUAUGCGGCCCUGGCUGGGCUUGUGUUCUUCAAGUGGUGAGGGGCCUCCAUUUGUCAUCCCAGGGAUGGGUCGGGACCCUCCUGCACAUGGCCAGUGGAGAGCCAGGCAGCAGGGGAGGGGAGUGGGGGGUCACCGAGAGGCCUAUCCCGAGUGCUGGGCUCUUCCCCGGCCAUUUACUCACAUCCAUGAGGGGAGGGGAUGGAAGGCCUGGGAAGACUGUGUCCUUUUCAGCCGGGGUUUUUGCCUAAGACAUCAAAGUCAACCUGGCACGGCACUUGAUGGCUCCACUUUGCCCUCAGGGAGGCACAAGUGGUGAACUGGGGGGAGGCUCUGCCCUUUGACUGAAGGAUAGGGCAGGUUUCCGCGUCCUCCCCUCUUGUCUUGCGAAAAUAUUUGUCUUAGCCAGGCGCUACUGGUUCAUUUCCUGAAACUUGGUCUUUUCCUGCCAAUAGCUUAUUUGACACCUGGUAUUGUCAAGGCUUCAGUUACCUGCUGGGGAUUUUCUUGUGGUUUUGGUUUGGACCAACCCUUAGAAAGGGGCUGAGCAUCUGGCUGUCCACAAGGCCCAAUGUCAUCCCCAGCUUGCUCAGUUCCUCCAAGCAGAGAUCCUGCCCUUCAGAACUGCAAGGGAUUUCACUCUUCCAAGGGGGGGUGGGCCUUGCCCAGGGUGGCCCAGGGCCAAUUGUCUACUUCAGGAUACUUUUGUUUUAUGCAACUUGAAGCUCCUUGUUUGAUUCUGUGUGUGAGUGUGAGAAUGAGAGAGUCUCCUACGCUGGGCCAGAUUUGAACAACGUCAUUGAGAAACAAAGAUUUCCAGGGGCAUCUAGGCAUCUUUGGGGUCUUCGGAAUGUGGAAGGGCUGAAAUAUUUGCUGGCUCCCCAUGUCCGUCUGCAGCAGAGGCCACAAGAACUGCCUGCCUGGAGGGUCCGUCUCCUUUGCAGGCAGACAGCCGAGACCAGGUGGGUCCCCUCUGGCGACCUCAGGGUUGCAGCUUCUGCUGGCAGAGUGUUGGCUCUGUUGCCGGACUGUCUUGUUAGCUUCUUUGCCAAGCUGUGAGUCCAGGCCCUUGAUCAGGGCAAGGCAAAGCUGGUGCCCGGCCUGCCUUUCCUGCUUCUGCAGCGAAGAGACUGCCAAUGCCUGCCGGGGCCCUAGCUCAGGAACCACCUCAGCCAUUGUAACCCCAAGGAUAGGCCUCCCUUCCUUUGGCUCCGGAGAAGGGGUCCCUCCUCCUCUAAGCCUCAGGCAAAGCAGAGCUGGACUUUCUGCCCCACCAGACAGGCUAUUGGAACCAGGAAGUGGUAUGGGGGGUGAAGGCGGUGACGGAGGACCACACACGACACUCCUGCUGAUUAUUUGGCUGAGGGGAUGCAGUUAGGGGGGAGAUGCCUAUUCUUUUCUCUCCCUUGGCUGCAGCUGGGACCCAAAAUAGCACCCCUGGCUGGCUGGGUACAUGAGGGCAUUUUCCUCCCCAAUUGUGGCAUCAGCCUGGCUGCUGGCAAGGCUUCCUGAGGCCCUCAAAGUUGGUGGGGAGAAGUGGUCUGCUUGUGGGCUUGUGUGUGCGCGCACAUUAUUUAUUGCAUUCCUGCUGUGGGAUAGGAUCACACCCAUCUGGUUGGGUGGUUUUAUUACACUUACGUUAAUCUCCAUUGUGCUAAAAUAGCCAGUCUUUGCGGGCUGAAAUAAACCUGCUUUAUCGCC